CAAACCUUCCACCUUCAUCUCCAACAACUUCAAUCACAACAAAGUUAUGGCUUUGAGAAUCGCAGCAGCUUCUACAUCGCGUAUUGCAAAACCCUAUAACCCAUCACCACUCUUUUCAGCUUCAUUCCAAAAUCUCAAUCUCAAAUUCAAUCUUCCUCCUCGUCUUCCACAGGCCAACGCUUUUUCACCAAUUCGCAAACCUGGGUCUCAAUGUUACAUUCGAGCUAUUAGUGAUGCAGCUGUAGAAUCUACAAUUUCUAAGAAACAAGAGGAAGAAGAACAGUCUCCUAAAGAUUGGAAGAUUAAAAUGCUAUAUGAUGGAGAUUGUCCACUAUGCAUGCGAGAGGUGAAUAUGCUACGAGAGAGGAAUAAGAGUUAUGGCACCAUCAAGUUUGUUGAUAUAGGCUCAGAUGAUUACUCUCCCCAGGAGAAUCAGGGCCUUGACUAUCAAACUGCUAUGGGAAGAAUUCAUGCUAUUCUAUCGGAUGGAACUGUUGUCACCGAUGUUGAAGCGUUUAGGAGAUUAUACGAAGAAGUUGGUCUUGGUUGGGUUUAUGCCGUUACAAAAUAUGAACCAAUUGCAAAAAUUGCUGAUUCUGUAUAUGGUUUUUGGGCUAAAUACCGUCUUCAAGUUACAGGACGGCCACCUAUGGAAGAAAUUUUAGAAGCUCGAAAGAAGAAGGGUGAAUUAUGCAAAGACAACAAUGCUUGCAGGAUGUAAAUUUUCACAAUAUCUGACUUUGCUGAAAACUUGGAGAAGGCUUGUCGCUGAAGCAGGUCUAUGUAUGAUCUUAUUUAUAAAAUGCAGUCAAUAUAGAUGGUGUCACGAAAUUUUACGUCUCCCUCACAUAUGCGUAUAGAUAACCUUUUUCCAAAUUUUGCUGCAAUGGAUCUUGGCUGGCA